AUGACGUCCACGAUCGGUAUCCCAAUCAAGCUCCUCAACGAGGCCCAGGGCCACAUCGUCACCCUCGAGAUCACCUCCGGCCAAACUUACCGCGGCAAGCUCCUCGAAGCCGAAGACAACAUGAACGUCCAGCUCAAGGACAUCACCGUCACCGCCCGCGACGGCCGCGUCUCCCACCUCGACCAGGUCUACAUCCGCGGCUCCCACGUGCGCUUCUUCAUCGUCCCGGACAUGCUCCGCAACGCGCCCAUGUUCCGCUCACGCAACGUCCGCGGCCGCGGCGUCGGCAUGGCCCGCGGUCGCGCCACCGUCAGCAGGGCCCGCGCCAGUGGCCGCGGUGGUCGCUAA